AUGGAUGAGAGAGAAAUUUCUCAUACCGUUGAUGUGAACCAUGGCGAGUCUGUCGAGCGUCGCUCCUCCAUAGCGUCUCCUGACAGCACCAGAACAUGCACCGCGGCACUAGCGGGAGGAGUACCUACUUCGACCAACUUUCUUGGUUUGGAUCUUAUUAAGCAAAACCCUGACGAAGCAGAGCUGAUGGAUACCACCGUGCUCUCAAAUGUCUAUGGUACUUCUAUCCCUGCUGCAAAGUGGAAUAAUAGUGUCCCGGCAGCUGAACAGGGUCACACCAACUUUGGAGUGACACCACAGCUUCAAAAUCAGCAUCUUACUCAACACUCAGGUCACCCUGCGUCCCAACACAGGCAAGCUUUGCCAGAAGCAAGGAUGCUGAAUGGGGGUGCUUGUCAGUGCAAAGAUUCGAAGCUUCUUAAGAUGCUGCGAGACCCAGAACCUGCUUACGAACGUCAUUCCUUCCGAGAGGAGAUAGAAGAAAGAUACGGCGGCAUAAGACCUGAUGAUCUUCUGUUGACCACUCGCCCUGAAAAAAUCAGAUGCUUAGUUAGAAUCUGUGACAGGGUGUUCGAUGAUGAAGAUGAAGCGGACGAUCAUUUUCAACUCGAUCACAACUAUCCCGACAAUUGUUUUCGUGUAGCGCGCGCCCAGAUCUCCAUUACAUCGUGUGUUGGUCAUUGGCCAAUUGCCUCAACACAAAUUGUUGUCUCCCAUGUCCGGCAUAUCCAUCAGAUGACUCUUAAGCAGAUGGCCCUGAUAGGAGGUUCGUCUGCAACGUAUCUUCAAAAACAUGUCACUCGGAUUCUGACUAUUCGAGGUGUCUGA